UGCGCGUGCGUGCGUCCUGCUGCGCCUGUCCUGGUUCCUCCUCCUCCUCCUCUGCGGUGACAUUGAUCACUGAGCCCGGGACUAUCCGCGAGCGAGCUAAGACCCGAGAGAACGAACGCAGCCGCCGAGGCCCGCAGCAGCCGUCGCCAUGUUUCGUAUGAUCAUCAACCAGGCCAAGAAGCACCCCAGCCUGAUCCCCCUGUUCCUGUUUAUCGGGGCCGGGGGAGGAGGGGCCACGCUGUAUGUGAUGCGCCUGGCGCUCUUCAACCCUGAUGUCAGCUGGGACAGGAAGAACAACCCGGAGCCUUGGAACAAACUGAAUCCCACAGACCAGUACAAGUUCUACUCGGUCAAUGUGGAUUACAGCAAGCUGAAGAAGGAAGGGCCGGAAUUCUGAGGGGCCCCAAAGCUGCUGAGCCGCGAGAGUGAAGGUCUUCCAAAAGCCAUCCGCACAAGCCUGCCCUCCACUAGGAAAUGCUCGAUUCCCCCCUUACUCUGAAUGCAUGAAUCAUGUGGACUUUAACAGUGAAUAAAGAUGUGAAACUUGA